AUGGUGAGCUACGAUAUUUUGGAGAGGGAAAAUGUUCCAGAGGUGUUACAAAGUAAGCCUCGCUGGAUGGCAUGUGUGAUAAUAGCAGCGACGGUCAUGACCAUCACCAUGUCUGCGGUUGCUGCCGGCGCGUUCAUCGGCUACACAUACUGCUACCUUGAACACAGACACAGCUUAGCCACAGGAAAUCUGACACAUUCAACAAGCUUCCAAAUAGUCCACGUCCCUUUAAUGCAGGAGACUGAAAACACAAAGAAAAAUAGGACGAUUAAUUCUGCUUUAUCCAGCGUUCUUGUAUCCAGGAUUUUAAAAAUCGGUCACGCUUUAUUGGAUGAGGAGAUAUCAAGUCUGCCGUGGGCGUCUGAAGUACCGGAAGUGAGCCAACCCACACUUUGA